AUGUAUAGGGUCGCGAGCGCGUCGGAGUACCUGGUGAUAACCGGAAUAGGAAUCCCCGACAUUAAGCUAGCGAAAAAGGCAUGGAUCCUCCCCGGCCAGUCGUGCACGGUCUUCGACGUCUCGCCGGUGAACUACACGUUCGAGGUGCAAGCCAUGAGCGCCGAGAAGCUGCCCUUCAUCCUCCCGGCGGUGUUCACCAUCGGCCCCCGCGUCGACGACGAGAGCAGCCUUCAGAAGUACGCUAAACUCAUCUCCCCGCACGACAAGCUCUCCCACCACGUCAAGGAGCUCGUCCAGGGCGUCAUCGAGGGCGAGACUCGCGUCCUCGCCGCCUCCAUGACCAUGGAGGAGAUCUUCCGCGGCACCAAGGAAUUCAAACAGGAGGUUUUUGAGAAGGUCCAGCUUGAAUUGAACCAGUUCGGGCUGUUGAUUUACAAUGCCAAUGUCAAACAGUUAGUCGACGUCCCCGGCCACGAGUACUUCUCCUAUCUAGGGCAAAAAACGCAGAUGGAAGCCGCCAACCAGGCGAAGGUGGAUGUGGCGGAGGCGAAGAUGAAGGGGGAGGUAGGGGCGAAGUUGAGGGACGGGCAGACGCUACAGAACGCGGCGAAGAUCGAUGCGGAGACGAAGAUCGUGGCGACGCAGAGGCAGGGAGAGGGGAAGAAGGAGGAGAUAAGGGUGAGGACGGAGGUGAAGGUGUAUGAGAACGAGAGGGAGGCUGAGGUGGCGGAGGCGAAUGCGGUGCUGGCGAAGAAGAAGGCAGCGUGGACGAAGCAGUCGCAGGUGGCGGAGGUGGAGGCCGGGAAGGAGGUGGCGCUGAGGGAGGCGGAGCUGCAGAUGGAGGUCGAGAGGAUGAACGCCUUGACCAGGACGGAGAAGCUCAAGGCUGAGUUCCUUAGCAAAGCUAGCGUUGACUAUGAGACCAAGGUGCAAGAGGCGAAUUGGGAGCUUUACAAGAAGCAAAAGGCAGCAGAGGCAAUUCUAUACGAGAAGGAAAAGGAGGCCGAGGCACGAAGGGCGAUAGCGGAGGCGGAAUUCUUUGCGCGGCAACAAGCGGCAGACGGAGAAUUCUACGCCAAGAAGAAAGAGGCUGAGGCGCUGGUGACCUUGGGGCAAGCCCAGGGCUCGUAUCUGCGCACUCUUCUCGAUUCCUUGGGAGGCAACUACGGCGCUUUGAGGGACUUCUUGAUGAUCAACGGAGGAAUGUUUCAAGAGAUUGCCAAGAUCAACUCUGAAGCUGUGCGUGGACUUCAGCCCAAGAUUAGCAUCUGGACUAAUGGUAAUGAUCAGGGCACGGAUACUGGAGCUGCGAUGAAGGAGGUCGCCGGAGUCUACCGCAUGCUGCCGCCGCUGUUUAAGACGGUUCACGAGCAGACCGGAAUGCUGCCGCCGACAUGGAUGGGUGCUUUGACCAAUACCACUUCCGACUCUUGA